CUACAACCUUCAGAGUUGAUACAAGAAAGUAGUCGACGAUUUUUUAGGGGAGUCGAAUUAAGGGAGAUAACGCUUCUUGCCAUUGGUGGUACCAUUCUGGCCGACACCAAUUCCUAGAUUACCAAAAGCUUCUUCUUAAGAAGUUCCUUGGUUCAUAAUUAAGCUAUUGAAAUAUUUGUUCUCUAAAGGGUUAACUUAGGGUUUAGUAUUGGGCUAUGAAUUUAUGAUGUAUAGUUAUUCAAACAAAUGUGAGGCAUCCGUAAUUCCGUACUUCCAAAAAAUAAAAAAUAUAAAAAUGGUGUAAACGUAGAAGCAAAUGUACGUCCGUUAAAGUAUCCGUACCUCACUACACAUGGAAUUGGCUUCUCUCUUCUCCAAGUGUUUCACACAAAGCAUUGCAUGAACAAAUAUGGCUGCAAAUCAUCCCUUCCGAGUUCCGAAAAAGCCUUGCACAGUCGACAUCAUUUCGGAUCCGGUAUGCCCGUGGUGCUUUAUAGGCAAGAAAAAUCUUGACAAAGCUCUAGAGGAGGCUGACCCUCUGUACGUGUUUGAGCUCCGGUGGCAUCCAUUUCAACUUUAUCCUGAUAUCCCUAAAGAAGGCAUUGAUAAGAAAAAGCAUUCUGAGGAUAAGCAUGGCAGCACUCAUAUAUCAGAAGUAGUGGAAAUGCGUAUAGGAGAUAUUUUGAGAACCACCUACGAUGCGCUUGAAUACAAACUUUCUGGAAUCAUGGGAGAUCCUCUAGAUUAUCACAGGCUAGUAUAUUUUGCUGGGGAACAGGAUCAUGAUAUGCAACAUGAUCUUGUGGAUGAGAUACUGCUUGGGUACUUCACAGAGGAAAAGGACAUUGCAGACAGGGAAUAUCUUCUGGAAUGUGCUGGUAAGAUUGGUAUAGAAGGGGCAGCAGAGUUUCUUGAAGAUCCUAACAAUGGGCUCAAUGAGGUCACUGAAGAUAUUAAGAAGUACUCGAGAACAAAACAAGUCCCAUAUUACGUGUUUAAUGGAAAGGUGGACUGCGUCGGUGCUCAGCCGUCUGAGGUGUUCAUGAGAGCUUUCGAAGCAGCCACAAAAUGAUACAACCUCAUCUGGAAGCCUUCAAUCUCCAUCUCUAAUGGUGAUGGAGCCCUGGAAAUACGUAAUUGUGUACAUGUAAACAUAACUUUGCUAGAAAGUCAUCUGUUGUAUAUUAAGUGUACAUUUGUUGUAUAACCAAAUUGUAAAUUAGGUCUGCAUAUAUGACCUUGAUAUAUAGUCACUCUGACAAGAAUAUUAAACAGAAAUUUUGUAAGAGAACAUUGUUCAUAUUAACCACCCCUUUUA